AUGGGUGAAUGUACCGUUACGCUAGAGGAUGUGCACAUAUUAUUGGGUCUCUCAACAAAUGGAAAAGCAGUGUUUGGAAAUGUCCAACAACCCAAUGUUCUAUGCGAGCAAAUGUUGGGUGUAGAUUUAAUUGAGGGUGAGGGCCGAGAAAGAGGGAGGGACCAAGGCACGGGAAAUAGUGUAAAUUUUAUGUACUCGUCUUUGCUUGAGGACAUUGAUGAAAUCAAGACGUAUAGUUGGGGUUCUGUGGUGUUGGCUUACCUCUACUGCUCCUUGUGCAAAAAUACAAAAUAUGAUAGUUGUACAUUUUAUGGAUGUGCAUUCUUCCUACAAACAUGGGGAUGGUGGAGAAUGCCAGUAUUGGCCCCUAAAAACCCACACAUAUACAUCUUCCCUUACGCGUCAAGGUUUAAUGCAACUGAGUUGGAUUACACCAAAACGCCUGUAAACAAAAUAAUUUUUUACCGCCAACUUUAUGAUCGACUUCGACCCCAUGAUUUUAUUUGGAGACCAUAG